AUGGGGAAACAGAAUAGUAAACUUAAACCUGAAGUACUUGAAGAUCUCAAACAAAAUACGGAAUUUUCAGAUGCCGAGAUCCAAGAGUGGUACAAGGGAUUCCUAAAAGACUGUCCGAGCGGUCAUCUCUCUGUCGACGAAUUCAAAAAGAUCUACGGCAACUUCUUCCCAUACGGCGACGCCUCCAAAUUCGCCGAGCACGUUUUCCGCACAUUCGAUGCCAACGGGGAUGGCACCAUCGAUUUCCGGGAGUUUCUUUGCGCUCUCUCUGUAACCUCCAGGGGUAAACUCGAGCAGAAAUUGAAGUGGGCCUUCUCCAUGUACGACCUCGACGGCAACGGCUACAUCUCCAGACAGGAGAUGUUGGAAAUUGUUACGGCUAUCUACAAGAUGGUUGGAUCUGUGAUGAAGAUGCCUGAAGAUGAGAGCACCCCCGAAAAACGCACCGAUAAAAUCUUCCGACAGAUGGACCGCAACAAAGACGGCAAGUUAAGCCUUGAAGAAUUCAUAGAGGGCGCUAAGAGCGAUCCGUCUAUAGUGCGACUGUUGCAGUGUGAUCCGCAGGCGCAGUAG